AUGAAUCGCCACUUUGCUGUUGACUGUUGGUCAAACAAGGAAAGGAAACCAGAAAAAGAAAACGUAGCCAAAGGAGAUUCUAAUGAUGAACCUGUGCUAUUGAUGGCUUCUGAAAUUGAUGGUGCAGAUUUAGUAGACUGGUGGUAUAUGGACACUGGUUGGUCAAAUCACCUAAUUGGAAACAAACAAUGCAUGGUUAAUUUUGACUCUAGAAAGAGGACAAAGAUCAUAUGUGCUGAUGAUAAGUGUCUGAAUACUGAAGGAAUGGGAAAUGUCAAAGUCAGAGUGAAGAAUGGCAAAACUGUCCUGAUCAAGGAUGUUUUGUAUGUUCCUAGCAUGAAGAGCAAUUUGAUGAGUGUAGGUCAGAUAAUUGAGAAAGGUUUCUCGGUUACUAUGAAGGACAAUCUCUUGAAGUUGUAUGAUUCUGAUCAGAAGCUGAUUAUGCAAUCUGAACAGAGAAACAACAAAAUAUUCAAAGUUAAUAUGGAAACAUGUGAAACUAAAUGCCUUAGUCAGAGGGUGCUAUAG